UUCUAGUGGCUGCUGGGGCAUAUUUCUAUCUCAUGAUGUCGCCAAUAUUUCUGAUACUGUUCUUACUGUUUAAUCUCUUAAUCUCUGCAAGUGUCCAUGCAACACGCUUUAAUAUUCCUAGGCUUAGUCCCAUAGGACCAAGAAUUUCAAGAAACCUUGAUAUUGUGUCUGAAUUAUCAGUUUUUGAUGAUAAUGAUGAUAUGGAGACAUUUUUUUACACCCAAACACUUGAUCACUUCAACUUCAGGCCUGAGAGCUACGACACCUUUGAACAAAGAUAUAUGAUCAACUCCAAGUACUGGGGUGGUGCUAAUUCUAGUUCACCUAUCUUUGUGUAUUUUGGUGCAGAAGAAUCACUUGACGAUGAUAUUCCUAUUAUCGGAUUUCUCCCCAAUAAUGGUGCUCGAUUUAAUGCUCUUCUGCUUUACAUAGAGCACAGGUACUAUGGGAAAUCAAUCCCAUUUGGAUCAGCGGAAGAAGCCUUGAAAAAUGGAAGCAUUCGUGGUUAUUUCAACUCUGCACAAGCUAUUGCAGACUACGCAGAAAUUAUCAUUCAUGUCAAGAAAAAUUUGCAUGCUGAAAAUUCUCCAGUUAUCGUUAUUGGAGGAUCAUAUGGUGGAAUGCUGGCUUCAUGGUUUAGACUUAAGUACCCUCACUUAGCCCUUGGAGCUUUGGCCUCAUCAGCACCCAUUCUUUACUUUCAUGAUAUCAGCCCACAGGGUGGUUACUAUUCUAUUGUUUCCAAGGAUUUCAGAGAAGCUAGUGAGACUUGCUACCAAACAAUACAAAAAUCAUGGACAGAAAUUGAUGAAAUUGCUUCUAAACCCAAUGGCCUUUCAAUCCUCAGCAAGAAAUUCAAGACUUGCAAUCCCUUGAAGGAUUCUGAUGAGCUCAAAGAUUACUUGAACGCAUUGUUUUGCGAUGCUGCUCAGUACAAUGAGCCAUCCACAUAUCCAGUUAAUAUGAUCUGCAGAGCCAUAGAUGGAAACACCAAUUCUGGGAAUGAUACUCUUAGCAAAAUCUUUGGUGGUCUUGUUACUUAUCUAGGAAACAGCUCUUGCUAUAUUAAUGCAUUUCCUAACGUGUUUGAAUCAAGUCCGGGAUGGAGUUGGCAGACAUGUAGUGAGUUGGUGGUACCAAUGGGCAUUGGCAAUGACACCAUGUUCCCACCACAUCCCUCCAAUCUCAGCAGAUACCUCCAGUCCUGUAAGGUCACGUACGGUGUUCUUCCUCGGCCUCAUUGGGUCACCACCUAUUAUGGAGGGCCUAAUAUAAAACUCAUUCUUCAAAGAUUCGGUAGCAACAUCAUUUUCUCGAAUGGACUUAGAGAUCCUUACAGCAUUGGCGGGGUAUUGGAGAACAUAUCAGACACUAUUGUUGCUGUUCAUACAAACAAUGGAUCUCAUUGCUUGGAUAUACUUAAAGCAGAAACAACUGAUCCAGAGUGGUUGAUUGCUCAAAGAGAAGUUGAGAUUACUAUUAUUGAAGAGUGGAUUAAUAAGUACUAUGUUGAUCUAAAGAAUCAGCAAUGAAGCCACACCAAAAUGCUUAUGCAUAGCUAUUGUAACAGGAUCAAUAAUGGUGUUGGAAAUUGAAGUUGGAAUUUGUAUAUGUUUAAUUGUGUAAAAUAAGGGAAAAAAUAAGCACCCUUGGAGGACCACAUGGUCAUUCAAGAUAUAAUUAUUGUGUGAAAUCUUAUAAAAUCUAUAUAUUUAUGUCUACAAUUUUAGUGAAUUAAA